AUGGAUGCCUCCACGUUCUUUGAGCGGACGGUGACGCUCCAGCGCCAAGACCCUAGCCGUCCGUGGGGGUUUGUCCCAUCGCGGCAGGUUCUGGACCGGAGCCUAGCAGCACGUCAUGCCUUUGGGGCCUUUGUUGUCGGCGUGCAGGAGGGCACACCGGCGCAGCAUGCGAGCCUGCUGGAUGGUGACUAUAUCGUGGCCAUCAAUGGUAAAGAUGUCACCGAGCUGCCCUUACCAGACGUCAUCAAGCUGAUGAUCGAUAGCCUCAAGAUUACGCUGGUCGUGGAAUGCUGCGCCGUGCGUGUCUUGCAAAUGGGCACUGGCAGCCUCUACAAGGUCCGCGAAGGGCGCCUUUUUCAGCGCGAAUUUUGGAUCGAUCCCACCGGAACCCGUAUUCAGUGGCUGAGUCGUACCAAGGGUUCACGCGAGGCCUCGAUCCGCGCCUCAGUCCUUCGCGAAGUUCGGCCCGGUCGCAAGACCACGAGCUUUCAACGCAGCUAUGAUAACGGCACACCGGGCUUGCGUGACAUGCUGCAGGAUGACCUUUGCUUCUCCGUGAUUUUUGGCGAGUCCGAGGAGAUUUUGGAUCUCGUUGCGCCCACCGAAUCAUUGCGCAACACCUGGGUGCUUGCGCUCAACCACUUUGUGGCUCGUGAGCGCCUUGCCGAUCUUGCCACCGUGCCGUACGAAGAACAAAACAGCUUGCGUGAUGCCUGGCUGCGUGACAUGUUCAAUCAGAGUGACUUGAACAACGACAAGCAACUCAACCUGGAGGAAAUCCGACGCCUCAUGCUCCGUCUCAAUGUCGCCAUUCCGCGCCGCGAUCUGCGGCAGCGCUUCAUGCAAGCCGACCGUGAUAAAAAGGGGACCCCGGGCUACGGUCAGCUGGAUUAUAAGGAGUUUGCCCGUUUUUUCAAGGCCCUUGUGGCUCGCCCCGAGUUGGGUGCGCUCAUGAACAAAUACGGCUCGCGAUCCGGCGGCGUGCAGUCUGCCGGAACCACCGACACAUUCGAUGACGCCACUUUAAGCCCAGAGCAGCUUCAAGUCUUUCUGCGCGUGGAACAGGAGGAAAAGCUAUCGUUGGAAGAAGUCGAGGCUAUCAUCAAGCGCUUUGAGCAUGCCCGCGACGAUGGAUUCAUGGGCAUUGACGGCUUUACCAACAUGCUGACCGACCCCUCGGCGAGUGCUUACAAGCAGCAACACCGAUCUGAGGUUUACCAGGAUAUGACACGCCCCCUCAGCCAAUACUUUAUCGCUUCCUCCCACAACACCUACCUGAUGGAAGACCAGCUCUAUGGCUCUUCAGACGUUGAGGCCUACAUUCGAGCGCUUCGCAUGGGCUGUCGCUGCGUAGAAAUUGAUUGUUGGGAUGGCGAGGACGGCGAACCCGUCGUCUACCACGGUCAUACCUUGACCAGUAAGGUGUUGCUCAAGGAUGUCAUCAACGCGUGCGCCGAACACGGAUUUGUGACGACAGACUUUCCUCUCAUCCUGUCUAUCGAGAAUCACCUCUCCAUUCCUCAGCAAGACAAACUGGCCGAGUACAUCAAGGCUGCUUUUGGAGAGCGGCUGGCUGUUGUGCCCUUUUCCACCGAACCCAUGCCCUCUCCCGCCUCGCUCAAGGGCAAGGUGAUUGUGAAGGGCAAAGUCAACCCAGCGUCCGCCUCUGGCGACGGCGCUGUCAGUGACGAGGACGAAGCAUCUGAAGCGUUUGAGGACAUGUCCUCGAGUGGGCAGUCCGAGCUGAAGAGCCAACCUCGUGCCGUUCGUACGCGUGUGAGUAAGCAAGCCAAGGCGCUCAAGCGCCACGCGCGCGGCAGCAAGGACGGCGCCAGCGCCAAGAGCAAGCUUGUUUCCCCUGCUUUCUCCAACAUCGUGUCGUUGUCGGGUGUCAAGUUUAAAGGUGUGGCCCAACUGCAGCAGAGCUUUACGGAGCAAAAGGCCAUGCAAAUGUCUUCCUUUGGCGAAAAGCGUGCCAUGCGCUUGGUGGAGAAUGAGCACGAUACAAAUGUCUUUGUCCGGCGCAACGCACGCCAGCUGGCCCGCACGUACCCCGCUGGCCUGCGUGUCUCCUCCAGCAACUACAACCCUCAGCCCAUGUGGAACGCUGGCUGCCAGAUUGUAGCCCUAAACUACCAAACGCACACCCUUCCCAUGCACCUCAAUCAGGGUCGUUUUGCGGACAACGGCGGUUGUGGCUAUGUGCUCAAGCCGGAGUUUCUGCGAUCGACGGAGACAAAGUUUAACCCCAACGACGUGGGCACGCUGGAUCCUUCGUUGGGUCGUAAGCUGCGCGUCGAGGUCAUCAGCGCUCAGCAGCUGCCCAAGGCAACGAUUGGUGGUCGGGCCACGCAAAAGGGCGAGAUUAUCGACCCAUACGUCAUUGUGGGCAUCGAGGGCAUUCCCGCUGAUAGCGCCACGGGACAAACCACGGUGGUCGACAACAAUGGUUUCAACCCGCGCUGGAAUCAAGCUUUUGAGUUCGACCUUCAUGCGCCCGACCUGGCUCUUUUGACUUUUGUCGUGUAUGAUUACGACGUCAGCAACCAGGACGACCUCAUUGCACAGGCCGUGAUUCCCCUGACCUCGCUCCAGGAGGGGUACCGUCACGUUCGGCUCUUGUCGGCGACACACCAGCGGCUCUCGGGCACGACUCUUUUUGUGAACAUCCAACUUUCUGCUGAAGGCAAUGCCUCGGCCGGCGAUGCGCGGGCCACCUCGGGUCAACAUUCACAUGUUGAUAUUUACAACUCUUCGACUGGGGUGCCUGAACUGGAUGACGGCUUUUUGAACUCGCCGUCGAUGGCGGUUGAUCAGCGGUAUCAGAAUUUGCUCAAGGCGCUCGGUCAGCUCAAGAGCAUUCUCAAGUGUUCAUACAAGACCACCUUGGACGAGACCAUUGCCGCGUUGGCCAAUGCCUUUGGUGCACUGGAUACGGCCGUCGAGACAAACGAGGAGCGCGGGCUGUACAUGUUGCAGACAGCAACGACGGGACAGACCAGCAAGGCGGCCGCCAACCUGCUAAUGUGCUACAAUCGCGUCUUGGAGCGUGCUUUGGUGUGGCAACAAAAGGCAGCUCUAUUCGAGUCGCAGCUGCGCUCGCUGGUCCGGGAUUAUGAAGCCGUGAGCAGCGAAGAAAAGUUUCGGGCUUUGGCCACCACCUGUGGCGUUCGACCCAAUGCCAUUUCACGCUGCCGCACCAUUGCGCAGGCUCGGUUGCGAGCCAUGCGUCAGAGCUUGCGUGCGUUGGAGCACGGAAAUCGGUUGACGCAGACGCUGCGUGAAGCGGUUCCCCGAUACUUUUCAACUUCGGCUUGA